AUGGAAACAAUCCCUAAAUCUGUAUGUGAGAAAAAGAACAAACCUGUUUUUCUUGCAAAGCUCGGGAAUGUUAUGUCAGUUCAACCGAAAAAGUUUGACCCAAGCACUUACACUCUUGAAAAUCCGAUCAUGUACACAGAUGAGCAAGGCAAAAAGCAAGUUAAAGGGUGUUACCUUGGCAGCUACAUCAGAUGAAGACAAGACGAGAAUGGCCAAAUGCAAAGCAACGCAAAACUUGUUAAAUGGGAAGAUGGCAGCUAUACCAUGUUUAUAGGAAGUGAUGCAUUUGAAGUAACUCAAACUGAGAAUCCACACACUUAUAGCUACUUAAGAAUCAAAGACAUGUACGUCGAACAACAAGAAGCUUCAAAUAAGCUCAUGUUCAAGCCAUGCUCCAUCAAACAUCAGUCUCACAUCAGAAAACUCGAAAGCACCUUGAAUCCGUAGGUUUUGGCAGGCUUCCUGUAGUUGGAAAUGAAGGCAUAUAUAGUGUCCUGUGGAUCCAAGGACUCAUUGGCAUUCCUCUUCUCAGACACUAGGGGUUUCGGCCCAGGCCACAGCGGAGCAGUCUUUUUACUGUAGCUGUCGAAGGAAGGCACUAAGCACAGACUUCAAUGAGAUAAUCCAUGGAAUCAAGCUACUCCAAUCGUCCGCAGCAAGGCCGCAGAAAUCAAUAAGCUACCCACUCAAGACUGAAGUCGUAAGGCAAGGAGGAGACAGAAGGCACUGGAAGUGGCACCCGUUUUAGGGGAUAGACCCUCUGGGCUGGUGUCAAAAAUCGGUAGAAUCUUCUCUAUAGGAGAUCUUUGGUGACUGCGCCACAAAUACGGUUAACGUCUGACUUUAAAUAUAAACAUAACCUAACCUUGAAUCCUGCCAAAACUAUGCAGGUGAUCCACAGCUUUGCAAAUCACGAAUUGAAAAAGAAGCAUCUCGAGCAGCAAAUUGAAAUGAAAAUCAGAGCAAAGGAAAAGGAAGACCAGAAAAAAGCAAGCCAAGAACUCAAUGAAGAUUUCAUAGAAGAAGGAGCAUCUAUCAGUGAAGAAGAAGACAUUGAAAAUUUUACAAGCAGCGAAAACAGCAGUAUGGAUGAGGAUGAAAAUAUAAUUUAA